AUGGCGGAGCAUCACACAUCAUCUGACAGCAAGCACAAAGCGGGUUCCAGUGCCGGGAGCUCUCAUCACGGGAGCAGUCGACAGGGUACCGGAGGUGGCAAAGGGGGCCUCUCGGUUGGUUUGACGCAGCCUGCGGGAUGGCAGUCUCUGCUGUCUUUCACUAUACUUUUCCUGGCCUGGCUGGCUGGUUUUAGCUCCAGACUCUUCGCUGUCAUUCGUUUCGAGAGCAUUAUUCACGAGUUUGACCCGUGGUUUAACUACAGGUCCACUCACUACCUCACCACCAAUGGGUUUUAUGAGUUCCUGAACUGGUUCGAUGAGCGGGCCUGGUACCCUUUGGGCCGGAUCGUGGGAGGAACGGUUUACCCUGGUCUGAUGGUAACUGCUGGACUCAUUCACUAUAUACUCAACAUGCUACACAUCACGGUCCACAUCCGUGACGUCUGCGUGUUCCUGGCGCCCGUCUUCAGUGGCCUCACGUCCAUAUCCACGUUCUUGCUCACACGCGAGCUCUGGAAUCAGGGGGCGGGGCUUCUGGCUGCCUGUUUUAUCGCCAUAGUGCCCGGAUACAUCUCUCGCUCCGUCGCCGGUUCCUUUGACAACGAGGGCAUCGCUAUCUUCGCUCUGCAGUUCACGUACUACUUAUGGGUGAAGUCCAUUAAAACUGGUUCUGUGUUCUGGACCAUUGGCUGCUGCCUCUCCUACUUCUAUAUGGUAUCAGCGUGGGGUGGUUAUGUUUUCAUUAUAAACCUGAUUCCUCUGCACGUGUUUGUGUUGCUGGUGAUGCAGCGUUUCAGUCGGAGGGUGUACAUUGCCUACAGCACAUUCUACAUCGUGGGUCUGGUGCUCUCCAUGCAGAUCCCAUUCGUUGGAUUCCAGCCAAUCAGAACCAGUGAACACAUGGCUGCAGCAGGUGUAUUCGCUUUGCUGCAGGCCUAUGCUUUCCUGCAGUUUCUCAGAGAUCGGCUGACUAGACAGGAGAGACAGACACUCUUCUAUCUGGGCGUGUCCAUAGCUGGCCUGCUUGUCUUCCUCACCGUUAUAUACCUGUCCUGUAUAGGUUGCAUCGCCCCAUGGAGCGGCCGGUUCUAUUCACUGUGGGACACUGGUUAUGCUAAGAUUCAUAUUCCCAUCAUUGCGUCAGUGUCGGAGCACCAGCCCACCACCUGGGUGUCGUUCUUUUUCGACCUGCACAUCCUGGUCUGCACCUUCCCUGCGGGCCUCUGGUUCUGUAUCAAAAACAUCAAUGACGAGCGAGUCUUUGUGGCCCUGUAUGCCAUCAGUGCCGUGUACUUCGCUGGCGUGAUGGUGCGGCUCAUGCUAACGUUAACGCCGGUGGUGUGCAUGCUGUCGGCCAUCGCCUUCUCCAGCGUGUUCGAGCGUUACCUUGGCGACGACACCAAAAGAGAAAACCCACCGGCUGACGACUCCAGUGACGAGGAUGACAAGAGGAAUUCCGGAAACCUCUACGACAAGGCCGGUAAGGUGCGUAAACACGUGUCGGAGCAGGAGAAGUCGGAGGAAGGCCUGGGACCCAACAUUAAAAGCAUCGUCACCAUGUUACUGCUCAUGCUCCUCAUGAUGUUCGCUGUCCACUGCACUUGGGUCACCAGCAAUGCCUACUCCAGUCCCAGUGUGGUACUGGCCUCGUACAACCACGACGGGUCACGGAACAUUCUGGAUGAUUUCAGAGAGGCGUAUUACUGGCUGCGGCAGAACACGGAUGAACAUGCACGGGUCAUGUCCUGGUGGGAUUAUGGGUACCAGAUCGCCGGCAUGGCCAACAGAACCACACUGGUCGACAACAACACAUGGAACAACAGCCACAUUGCUCUGGUGGGGAAGGCCAUGUCAUCCAAUGAGAGCGCGGCAUAUGAGAUCAUGCGGACCCUGGAUGUGGACUAUGUGCUCAUUAUAUUCGGGGGUGUGAUUGGCUACUCUGGCGAUGACAUCAACAAGUUCUUAUGGAUGGUGAGAAUCGCGGAGGGAGAGCACCCCAAAGACAUACGGGAAAGUGACUACUUCACCCCUCAGGGGGAGUUCAGAGUGGACAAGGCCGGUUCUCCCACACUACUCAACUGUCUGAUGUAUAAAAUGUCUUAUUAUCGCUUCGGCGAAAUGCAGCUGGACUUCCGGACACCUCCUGGUUUUGACCGGACCAGGAAUGCUGAGAUUGGAAAUAAGGACAUAAAGUUUAAGCAUCUGGAGGAAGUGUUUACAUCAGAGCACUGGCUCGUUCGCAUCUACAGAGUCAAAAAACUGGACAACCGAGAACCGCUGGACCACAAACUCCGCAACACCAACACCAUCCCCAAACAGAAAUACACUGCCAAAAAGGUUUCGAAGAGGAAGCGAGGCUACAUUAAGAAUAAACUGGUGCUGAAGAAAGGCAAGAAACUGGGCAAGAAAUAA